CCCAUGCCCCAUGGCAACAAUUUAGAACCUCUGCAGACUCCAAUUGCUCUACAGCUUUUAACUUGGUUUCAAAACCUCUCCUCUCCAGAGUCCAGACUCCACGUUUUGUGUUUCUGAACAUCUCUUCCAAGUUCCACUUCAAAUGGCUCGCUCUGUCACUGCUUCGCUGGUUCUCUUCCUUGUUUUAUUCGCUAGCUUUGCACCCUUUCUGGAAGCAAGGAAGCUCCUGAAAAUGGAGAGCAAGAAGAAAGUUCCUGCGGCUCUGAGAGACAGUCUAGUCCUAAGUGCCCUUCCGAAGGGCGCAGUGCCACCUUCCGCCCCGAGCGACAAGGGUCACUCCGUGAUUGUCGACCAGAAACUCUUCUCCAUGCAUCUUCCCAAGGCCGACCGGAGUCUACAGUCUGUACCCAGUCCCGGAGUAGGACAUUAGAAUCUUCUCUUCCCAUCUCCAUUUAUUCUUUUUCUCUUCUUUCACAGUUUUGGAUUUUCUUUACAUAAUUUUUUUCUCGGCCGGUAGGUUAUACUACAAUUUCAUGAUAGGGAACUGUACAGGAAUAUAAUUAUAAGGGAUUUUCGUCUUU